CUCCGCUCCGACAACAAACCAACUCUUCUUCGCCUCUCCUGCACUCUCCGGGAAUUCCCCGUGUUGCACUUCGAGCGCCAGUCGUCUUUGCUGCCUCUCUCUCUCUCGUCGGACGUGGAGCUCCCGAGGAAGCGUCAUGAGGGCUUCUCUGCUGCUGGUCUUCGCUCUCGCGGCUCUUGUGGCGGCCGCUGAGGCGAAAAAAUGCAAGGGCGAGUGCGUGUCCGCCGGCUCGUGCGAAGGGACGGAGGCGAAGGGAAAGUGCGACGACUCCCAGGUCUGCUGCGUGACCGAGGGAAAUGUGGAUGUCAAAGGGAAAUGCCAUGCCACUUCGGAAUGCGACGAUCUCCUCGGUGAAUGUAGGGCAAAAAGUUGUCAUCCUGGAGAAGUGACGUUCAAGAACAAGGGCACGAAUGUCUACUGUGAAGGCAAGAAGUGCGUUUGCUGUGCUAAAACAUGCGAGAACAAGAAGUCGUGCAACCUCAAGGGCGGCGUCUGCCAGCCCAUAUCCCAGCACUGCGACGGCACGCUGGAGACCGGGAAACCCUACUGCAAGGCCAGCCCGAAAAUGAAGGCAGGCAACAAGAACACGUGCGGCUGCUGCAUUCCACCAGCGAAGUGAUUGGAAGUGAGGAGAGAAACCGGGUUGAGAUGCAUGUUAUAUUUUAUUAAUAAUCGUAUUGAUAAAACAAUGUGUAAGAUAACAUUAAAAUGUCGG